AUGGCAAGCCAGGGAGGAAAGAUUACAGGUGAUUACGCCUUGAACGUCACCAUACAAUCUCAAUAUAAACAAGGAAAUUUCACUGAUGGACACUGGGCCAUCAACAUUGAUGAGAAGUAUAGCAUCUACUUUUAUCCAUCUAAUAAGACCUGGAGAGAGAGUCAUUCUGAUGCCAGCAGUGUCACGGAGCUGUGGAAGAACAAGAAGGAAGUAGAACAAGGUCUCAGUAACGUUCUCAUGGGACAUUUCAGUGACUGCCUCAAGAAAUGGUUGCCACACCACAGAGAAAUGCCAAGAUCAACAAUGAAGGCGCUGGAUACCACCCAGCCUACAUAUGCUCCUCAGAUUCAUCCUACAGCUAACAUUACCCAGCAUACAUCUGGUAUCCACAAUGAACCUACACUGAAUAUCACCCAAAAUAAUUCUUCCACCCAGAGUCUGAGUAUCACCUGGACAAUAAUUCUAGGUAUAGGAGGAGUUAUCCUAAUCAUCAUCAUCAUUUUCUCAUUUUCUUGGUAUAUGAUGAAGAAAAAAAAAGGUGCUCCCUGCUGCUCCUCUUCCUCUGCAGACCUCAUCGCCAGCUAUAAUUGGGUGACUCUUCAACAUAAUCCUGUGGUGUCUCCAGCAAAGGAAACGCAUUUCUGAUGACAUCUCAGAAAUCUGUGCAGUUGAGUUCCGACCAGACUGGUGGGAACCCAUGAGG